AUGGAGCGGCCGGGGCUGCCGGAAGGCUCUGCGAAGCCAGCGGCGGACUCGGCGUCCGCGCUCCGCCGGGCUGCGGCUGGGAACGGGCUCGGCGUGCAGAAGGGGGGUGUCAGAGCAGGAGUAGGGGGCGGGGACUGGAGGAAGAUACUGAGCGGGGAGCGCGAGGCCCGAGAAGCCGCCGCUCGGAGGGACGCUGCCUCCGGAGUCAGCAAAUGGAGCGAGGCAGGCCCGCGGCGGCGACGGCCGGCAGCCGGCAGCGGGCAGGGACGGGCCCCGCCGCCAGGGGGUGCAGCGCUCCCUCCCGGGCCGUCCACGGCGCGGUUCGCGGUUCCCGCUGCCCGGGAGCUGGAGGCGGGCCCGGCGCCUUGGGCGUGCGCCCGGCUGGCGCGAGGCCUUCCCGGCCGGCCGCGGAACCGGAGUCCUGGCGCCCGCCGCCCCUCGUGA